CCAUGGGCCUGUUCCAGCGCUUCCGGAAACCUCCAGAAAGCUCCAGAGGGCAUUCCAGCGCCUCCAGAAAGAUUCAGAAACUUCCAGUAGCCUCCAGAGUUGGGAGAUCCACAUUUCCCUGGAGGCUCUGGUCUACGAUCAUGGUCUGGCUGUAAGUAGUAAACAAGCAUCAGCUCAACAGCUAGCUGAAAUGGACAAGCACACAAAAGCCCUGCUGAAGUCUGCAAAAGAAUUGAUUAAGGGAAAAGACCAUGGAGGUGCCCUAGAGAAGUGCAAAGAAGUGUUAGCUGGGGACAAGAACAACUAUAUGGCUCUUGUAUUCAGUGGUGCUUGCUACCAAGAACUGGGUGAUGCUGAAAAAACAGUAGAGGCUUUUCAGGCUGCCACCAAAGUAUCACCAGAGCUGCCACUAGCUUGGCAGGGACUGGGGUCAUUUUAUGAAAAAUCGGGUUCUACAAAACAUCAAGAGAGUCUCACUGAAAUAUAUAUGAGGCUGUUAAAUCUUCUUUCCAGUGACAAAGCGAAGACAGCUGAAAUAUGUUCCAAGCUGUCUUGGAUACUGGUCCACGCUGAUAAAUAUGAUGAAUGCAUUGAUAUAUUAUAUCAAUGGAAGGAUGCUAGUGGAAGCAACUUUGAUCCAUCCCGAAUCACCUCGAUCUUGAAAGAGAAGACAGUUUCAGACUCUCAGGCUGACAGGGUUAGCAAGCUGUUAUCUCCAUUGAUAACAGAGGAUGCAUCGAGCAAAAACAAAGAGUUUAUUGCCUUCCGAGUGCAAUUACUGCAUCAGCUCAAAGAUUGGAAAGAGAUGCAAGAAUGUGCACAGCAUAUGUGCACUCUAUUUCCAGACAGCGUGGUGGCCAUCGAGUGGCUCCUGCGUGUGUUUGUACUAUCAGAUGAGAAUGUCUCCGAUCUGGAAGAUCGUCUUGCUUUCAUGAACGCCCAGGAACCGGACAACGUGUGGGCCCGUGCCUGCCGUGGUAAGCUGCUGGCGCAGUCUGGUGACUGGCUGGCGGCGCUAGGGCAGCUUGUGCCGGCCGCGCUGGGUGCCGCCGGAGAGACGGCUGCCGUGCUGGCGCUCCGCGGCGGUAUCGAGCUGCUCGUGCACGGCUACCCGGCAGCCGAGCGCACUCUCCGGGAGGCGCUGCGCCGCUCGUCGGCGGCGGCAAGCGGCCGUCUCCGGCUGCAGCUGGCGGAGGCGCUGGUGCGACAGGGCGCCGACCGCGCCGCCGAGGCCGAGGCACUGCUCGCAGAGGCCGCUGGCUCGCCGGAGAGAGACGCGCUGCUGGCCGAGGCCCGGCUGCGACGGGGAGCUCUGACCGAGGUGGAGGCGGUCACCGCGCCGCUGGAGGUGCGCGCGGCGUGGCUGGUGGCCGAGCGACGGGCGGAUGAGGCGGUGGCACUGCUGGACGGCACAGGUGAGCACUCGCCGCGCAGGCUCCGGCAGCUGGCUGCGGCGCUCUGGGCCGCUGGACGGCGCGAGGAGAGCGCUGCGCGUUUCCUGGAGGCAGCCAAACUGGACCCGAACCACCCAGAGCCGUUUUACUACCUGGGCCAGUACUACCAGGAGCGCUCUGACCAGACUCGCGCGCUGCGCUGCUACCAGAAGGCGUGCCGCCUGAACCCUGGCGAGCCGCGCUGCAGCGCUGCGCUCAGCGACCUGUACCGGGCGCGCGGCGAGCACGAGCAGAACGUGCGCCUGCUGACGGCCGUCACCGAGAGCCGUCCCGACGCGUCCGUCAGCCGCUGGGCCUGGUUCCGGCUGGGCCUGCACCACCUGCAGGCGGGCGAGCCGCAGCGCGCCGUCGUCUGCCUGCAGACGGCCGUCAAGGCGGCGCCCGACGACGCCGUGGCGCUCGAGUGCCUGGGCGACGCGUACCGGCUGCGCGGCGCGUACACCUCGGCGGUGCAGGCGUACAGCCGGUCGGCGGCGCUCAGCGAGCAGCCCGUGUACGCGCAGCUGCAGAUGGCCGACAUCCGGCAGCUGCUCGGACAACUGGACGAGGCAGAGGCCGGCUACCAGCAGACGCUCGCCGCUCGGCCCGGCUUCGUGCCCGCUCUGAAGGGGCUCGGCGAGACGCACCUGCGGCGAGCGCAGCAGCUGGUGUCCCGCCAGCUGCACGGGCUCGCCCGGGACAGCUGCCAGCUGGCAGCCGACACGCUAACCGCCGCCGUGCUCGACCAGAGCCGACUCAGUUGUCUGUGGAAGCAGCUCGGCGACGUGCUAUGCAUGACGGCGGGCCUGCCGCCGCGCUACCGGCGCCUACAGGUGGCCGCUCAGCUGCUGCCGUGUCCGCCGGCUGACGGCGGAGCGUGCGGCCCGCUCGCCGGCCCGCUGCUGGUCGACGUGGCCAUCCGCUGCUACUCACAGGCAGUGGCCAUCGAGAAUCUGGGCGGUCUGUGGCACGACCUGGCGCUCAGCUACCGGCUCCGGGCGGGCCUGUAUGCCGCCGGCGAGUCGGAGCAGGCGGCGGUGGCGCUGCGCCGCGCACUCCAGUGUGCUCACAAGGCGACUGGCCUGUUGCCCGGCGACGCCGCCAUCUGGAACACACUCGGAGUGAUUGCGUGCGAGAGGCCGGUGGAGGACCGCCGGCUGGCGCAGCACGCCUUCAUCAAGUCGCUGCGCUUGCGGGAGACGGCCAUGGGCUGGACCAACCUGGCCUGUCUGUACAUGGUAAACGGUCAGCUGAAGCUGGCCAACGAGGCGCUCACCAAAGCGCAGAGCGUCGAGCCGGCGUACGGCGCCGCCUGGACGGGCCAGGCGCUGAUCGCCGAGCAGCUGUCGCCUGAGCAGGCCACCGACCUGUUCCGACACGCCGUGCACCUGCAGCCGCUGGCGCCGGCCGCGCUCGGCUACGGCCGCUGGGUGUGCCGCGCCCUGCGCGACCCCUCCGUCUGGCACACGGCCCAGUACCGGUUCAACAUCGAGCGCAUGCAGGCGGUCACUGUGGCCGGCGAGGCGCUCGAGCUGUACACGACCGGCGCGCCGGACGACGCGGCCGGCUGGAACAUGCUCGGUCUGCUGGCGGAGCGGCAGGGCCGGCACGGCGCCGCCCUGCACGCCUACCAGCGCGCCGCCGAACUGCUGGCGGGUGCGGACGAGCCCGACUGGGCGGCCGUGGACGCAGCGCGCACCAACAGCGCGCGCCUGCUGACCGCCGCCGGCCGCUACGACGAGGCGGUGGCCGAGUACCGCCGGCUGCACGAGGCCAGCUUCCACUCGCAGUGCGGCCUGGCGCUGGCGCUGCAGCGCGCCGGACACGAUGAGGAAGCGUACUCGGCCUACGAGGCGGCGCUGCACUGGCUCUCGCCCGACGACGCCAACAAGUCACACACGCUGGUGGCCGUGGCGCAGCUGCUGUACCGCUUCGACCGGGUCAGCGAGGCGCGCACCGAGCUGCUCAAGAGCUUCCAGCUGGAGCCGGCCUCGGAGCAGGGCCUGCUGGCGCUGACGGCUCUGGCGCUGCGCCAGGGCGACUCGGCGCUGGCGCUGGCCUGCGAGAGCGAGCUGGCGCAGCGGCGCACCCAGCCGGAGCUGGCCGCUGAGCGGGCGCUGCUAGAGGCGUGCCUGCGGCUGGCGCGCGACGACUCGACCGGCGCCGUGCGCGCCGUCCAGGCGGCGGUGCACCGCCACCCGCAGCAGGGCGGCCUGUGGCGCCUGUUAGCGGCGGCGCUGCUGCAGCUGCGGCCGGCGGCCGGCGCUGCCGUCACGGCCGCCACCGCUGCCCGGCGGGUGGCAGCCGCUGGCGCAGAGAGGGACCAGGCGGUGUUGGACCUGGUGUGUCAGGCACAGCUGCAGGCCGGGGACGUGUCGGGAGCGCUGCGCUCCGCCCAGCGCGCCGUGCUGUGGCGGCCCGACUCGCCGUCCGCCUGGUGCGACCUGGUGGCCGCGCGGCUGGCUGGCCUGCAGUGGGCGCCGGCCGACGGGCGCGGCGCGGCGCUCUGCUGGCUGCGCGCCGCCGUCAGCCGACUGCGGCGCGGCCACCGGCUGGCCCGGCCGCUGCACGGCUGGCUCAGCACGGUCGACAGGCGCGUGGAGAUGCUGCUCGCCCAGGGCUAGGGAGGCGGGUGGCGGUCCGGCCGAGCGGUGUGCGACCACAGGACAGAGACAGUGGCCGCCGGGUGGCGAGCGUGAUACGGCACCGUAGAGUGUUCGCAUGAACUGUUCGUUGUGCCCGUGAUAUGAAGGAGGAAGGGGGUUAUCCGCUAUCAUGGCUAUGGACCGAUUCGUUUUAAGUGUUACGAUUGAUAAGUUAAUGGAAAUUAUCAACUAAACGUGAAGCCUCGGUUCUCGACCAGCAAAAUAUUAUCUGUUGUUCAGAGGUUACUGGUUUUAAUCCUACCUAUCAUCUCAUUCUUACUAUGCGGUAUGGUCGAGUUACGUGCAAAGCUUGGUGUGUGAUUCUCAGACAUUGUAACCGCGUCAUUAUUGCGCAAGCUGCUUAUCAACUUGUUAAUCCAGCCUAUAUUGUCCCGCUCUGAUGGCUUUGUUCCACUGCCGGUGGUGGCACUCAGGACGUGUGAGGUCUGUCUGUCUGUCUACACGUUUGUCUGUAACGUCCUACCGGGCGAUGUCUUAGUAGCGUUACGAAUGGCAGGGGAACGGGCUGCUGUGCUGGUGCUGUGAUUUGUGAUCGGGAUCGAAUACACCCGGUAUUUGGCACUUG